CAACCUGUACUUCCGGUCAAGCCCAAAUGACAGCGCUGAUGUUAACAGAAAAAUAACCUCCGCCGUUUGUCGUUUUUGCUCCUAAACAUCAUGUCUGCCUCCUGUUUCCUCCUGGUUGUCCUCGCGCUCUACCUCAGCCCCGGAGACUCCAGGUUCAUCAUCGAUCCAGUAUCAUUUCUACAACAGAAAUAUCUGUCCCUGGAUGUUUGUUCUGAAUGCAGCCAGAUUGUCCAGCUGUCCGCCAACAUGAUCUCCAGCAGAGACACAAAGGAGACUGUGUAUGAAACGUUACACGCUCUGUGCAAGCGCCUCCCUGGAGAACAGAGAUCAGAGUGUGAAUCCCAGGUGAAGAUGUAUUUACCAAAAGUCCUGCAGCAAACCUCUGGUCACAUGAAACCAGUGCAGACCUGUGCCGUGUUUGGACUUUGUGCUGCUCACAAGGAGGAAGAGCAGCAGAAACUUCCCCACACUGCCUCUGAUAAAGAGGUUUCCAGUCCAGUCCUUGACAGCCCUGCCAACACACAAGAGGUGUUCAGCCCAGUUUGCAGCCUUUGCGUGCUUGUUAUCAAAAAACUGGAGACCCUGCUGCCUGAAAAUAUGACUGAGGAUGCUCUGAUGAAGCUCAUGGAGGAGGUGUGCGAUCUGAUACCAGAGAGCUACAAGGACCAGUGUGAAGAUUUUGUGGACAAAUACGGGACAGAGAUCGUUGAAUUCCUCAUGUCGUCUGCUGCUCCUCACACCAUCUGCACUCUGCUGCACCUCUGUAUGUUCAAGGAGCAGACUGCUCCAGAGGUUCUCCUCCCCUCUGACUGUGACUCAUGCCGUACACUGGCUGUCCUGAGCCGACUUCACCUGGGCCUAAACUCCACCCAACCUGAGGUUUCCUCUUUCCUCCAGUCUGUGUGUGUCCAGCACCCAAAGGCCAUCCCCAAGUGUGAGGCUUUUACUAAACUCUAUGGCUCUCGGCUGCAAGAGGUUUUAGGAAACCAGAUGGGUGGUCCUCAUGCCUGUGAGAGAGCUGAUCUGUGCGUCGCUUCAAGAAAGCUUGAGCUGCUGGGGAAGAAUCGUUGCACUUGGGGACCAAAGUACUGGUGCAAAGACGUUCAGACUGCUAAGAAAUGUGGCAAUCAGGCCUUCUGUGAGAAGUUCAUGUGGAAGCAGUGAAAGUUCAUGACUGCUCUGAAAACAUCUGCACUUUCAACAAAUGUUCUUACACUGAUUUACGCUUCAAGUUUAAAAUGUAAUGUACUGAUCACCCUCUUUUAAACUACUGACAUUAAAAUGUCAUCUGCUGUUUCUAAUCAACUAAGCCAUAUAUAUUCAUCAUGAAACUCUUCAGCUUGCAUGCCAUACCAUAAGAUUGAGGCUACAGUUCAGUCUGAAGCUUCAGUCUCAGCAGGGUUUACUGUAAUGUGCACUGUGUAUUUAAGUAGAUUGCCAUAAAUAUGUUGUUAUGAAUGUGAAAACUGUAAGAAACCGUUGUCCAUAACCAUGAAAGAUGCACUUUCUGUAUUUAAUAAAGACUACCGGGACAACUGAAAACAAAAA